UUUCAUAUUUACAAGAGAAAAGACCUUCAAAGCAACUCACACUACACUCCAAGUGACUAUGGGUAACCCUACUAUCGGACAUAUCGCCUCUAUUAUUCCUUCUAUUGUGCCUUUUGGCCUAGCAGGCACAGGCUUAGCCCUAGGGAUUCUAUUUGUACUACUAACUCUGCGGAACUCGCAGGGGAUAACGGCUUUACACUUCACACUUCAACACUCGAAAGUCCGCAAUGGUCUGAAUGGGCCCUUCUUAUACUGCCUCGGUGCUCUUCAAGCCCCUUUUCUUUUUGUUGUCAGUCGCGCGCGUGCCUGGGAGUAUCUUUUCAGAGGUACCGUUAUAAUCCAGGAGGCAUUUGAUAAGGCAAACGGUCAACCAUUCGAAGUCCUCACGCCUGAUAAUCGUUGUGUAUUCGUCACUUCUGCAAAGCACAUCAAAGAACUAGACACCGCUCCGGACACAGUGUUGUCUCUUCAGGCCGCAUCGAAGCAGAUGCUUCAGCCUAAUGCUACCAUGUGCGGAUUCAAUUGGUUUGACAGGCGUGGAACAGAAGGCGUUGGUUUCAUACGAGCUCUUCGAACACUAUUGACAAAUAAUCUGCCCGAAAUACUACCAGAUUUGGGUACUAUAGUCAGUGUCCGGCUGGAUGAGCUGCUCUCGGAAUCACCUGUUAUGGAUGGCCAAAGGCAGUCCCAGGUGUACCCGAUUAUUAUCAAACUUGUGGUGUUAUCUAAUGCCGUUUCAUUCUUUGGAAAAGACCUAGCUAAGAAUGAAGAAUUCAUGAACUCAGCUUUGGCGUACAUUGAGGAAACCCUGAUAUGUGCUGAGGUCAUUCGACUCGUCCCGAAGAGGAUAGCAGGACUCCUCGGGGGCGUUGUUAGUCGCCGGCUUCGAUCUCAGCGGGUAAUAUUUGACACUUUGCUGCCUGUGGCAGAGCAAAGGUGUCUUGAAAGGGAGCAAAAGAAAUUGGGUCAAACUGUCCCACAUCAUGCGGAUUGUAUUCAAUGGAUCAUGGAAACGUCUCCUACCCAAAAGCCUUGGUCAGCUACGCGCAUUGUUCAUGAACUCAUGGCUAUCUGGUUUGGGUCGGUCCAUGCCCUAUCAACAACAAUCACCUUUGCCAUUCACGAUCUUUGUUUGCACCCAGAGUAUGUCGAACCUUUGAGAGCAGAGUUAUUUCAUGGCCACGGAAGCUUUACACAUACAGCUCAAGGUCUUCCACUUCUAGAUAGCUUCAUUAAAGAAUCUGCCCGCUUGACUCCAGUUGAAUCUAUGAGUACCCGGCGUGCUGCUUUGAUGCCAUUCACCCUUUCGGAUGGCACUACCGUCAAUGUUGGAGACUGGGUCUGUACGCCUGUUCGGGCAAUCAUGCAGCAUGCGGAGUUAUACCCUGAGGCUCUCGCUUUCAACGGCUUUAGAUUUGUAGACGAGUCGUGUGUGGACAUCAAACCCGGCAUUUUCAAGGUUUUACAGCCACAGCCAUCCAAAUUGACCGACGCCGACAAUACUUGGCACGUAUGGGGCACCGGUCGUAUGACUUGCCCUGGAAGGUUUUAUGCUGUCGCUGUGAUGAAGGUUAUCUUGGGGGAGAUCAUCCUGAACUAUGACUGUGAUUUGCCAGAUAAGGAAACCCGCCGGUACCUGUCUUGGAGAUCGACCAUCUUACCCAAACGCAAGACUACAGUCGUUUUCAUUCCCCGACAGGUCAUCUAGUCCAACAUAUGUGGCUGCUGAAAAUCCUACAGCUGCGCGGGUAGAGUGGAUGUGACUGCAUGACUAGCCAAUAGGCAGGAUUAGAAUCAUGAUCGGACAUAAAAGGACUUAUUUUUAGGUAGGCUGAGUUUCAAGUUGGAUACGAAGACGGAAGGUCACCGGAUGCUCGGUUACACCGUAUUGCUGUCAGGUAUAAUCGAUGGAAUGUGAUUGGAUCGAAUAUAUUAUCUUGAGAGUUGUUUGUGCAAGUGGCGUGUAGCCGUGACUAGAGUGUUGGCAAGUUUUGCGGGGCCCUAUCUCUUCUACACCCGUCCGUGUUCGGAUACUCAUGUAACCAAUAUUCGAAUCUGGAGUUGUACCCCUUUCAUCUGAGAUGUAGUACCCAAUUCAAUACAAUGUUGGGGUGAGACAGUUGUUGGCAUGAU